UGGAUUACGCGAUUAAGGAUGCUGAGGACUUAAUUUGUAUUACAGAGGAUAAACAGCACCAGGUCCCCAUGGGUAUGGCCCAAAACAUCCGCCAGCUUGAGAGUUCAUACGAAACGAACAAGAAAAAACGAAAAGCGAGUGAUACGUUCGGGGAUUAUGAUGACUUCGACUAUCUAUAUGGAGUAGUAACAACUGGAAGAGAUUGGUUUUUUUUGUUAUAUAGUCCGGGCGAGAUCUCGCAAGGUAGUAAAUUACCAUAUACCAUUGAAUUUACUGAAGAUGCUUUGAAUGAAGAAUCUGAGGAAUAUCAAAUAUUGCGCAAGAGUGUAAGAAGGGUAUUGGGGGUGGUUGUGGGUAUGUUGAAAGAUAGGGCGUGUGUAGAUAA